UUCAUUCGUAAUUCUAAAUCGCAAAAUCGCCAAAAAAAAAAGGAGAGCGCACCUUAGCUAUGUGUCCUACCGGAACUUCCCUACCACCGUCGAGAAAACCCGCCGAUUUACGAUCGGCAUUUGAUGUCCUCGACGUUGACCGUGAUGGAAAGAUCAGCCACGAUGAUCUAAAACGUUUUUACGCGGACGCAGGCGACGAGAUCAUCGGAACGAUGAUGAAGGUGGCCGAUUUGAACAAGGACGGCUACGUCGAAUACGAAGAGUUCGAGAACGUUCUGAGGACAAAUAAGAACGGAAUUAGCAGCUGCGUAAUGGAGGAUGUGUUUAAUGAUAUGGACAGAGACGGCGACGGAAAAGUAGGUCACGGAGACCUCCGGAGUUAUCUUCGGUCGGCGGGAAUUGAAGUCAACGACGAUGAUAUCAAGGCGAUGGUUAGUUUAGGCUCCGGAGAUGAUGAUAACGACGGUGUAACGUUCGAAGGAUUUCUUAAGAUAUUGGCGAUUUGAUGAUUUGAAAUGCUUAGGGUUUCGCCGCAUUGGUUAAGGUGCCAUUUCUUCUUCUGGACGUUUUUGUUUUGUUUCUAUCAACUGUAAAUUGAAAUUGUGGAUUACAAGUUCAGGAUUUUUGUGUUCAUGAAAUCAAAUCAAAGUUUGUGAAGAUGAAUCGCAGAUUUUGAUCUUGAUUUAGAAUUUAGGUUCCAUUCAUGAAGUCAUAUUUGUUGUAAUUGGAAAUUGAAUUUCAAAUAUAGACGAUUCGCUUUCA